CACUUGGUCAAUUGAAGUGUCAAAAUAAUAAUUACUGUGUUUGUCAUCAAAGCAACAGCACGACUCUUUUUAGUUUUUUGUUUUCCUCUUGAAUUUAUCGCAACUGACAUAAACAACAAAAAUGGCACACUACAAAGGAGCCGCAAGUGAGGCUGGUCGAGCCAUGCAGCUCAUGAAAAAGAGAGAAAUCGCCCAGCAGGAAAUUGAAUUUCGUAAAAAGAAGAUCGAAGAAGAGCUCAAAAUAAACAAUAUUGAGAGUAAGUUUGCGACCCAUUACGAUGCCGUCGAACAACAGCUCAAAACAUCAACCAUUGGUUUGGUUACUUUGGAUGAAAUGAAAGCAAAGCAAGAGGAUAUUGUUCGAGAACGAGAAAGAAAAUUAGCCCAGAAAAAAGCCGAAAAAGAUCGAGAAAAGUUGCGUGCUCUAGAAGAAAAACAAGCUGAAAAGAAUAAACAACGCAAACAAAUUCAAGCAUUGUCAUUCAAUUUGGAUGAGGACGAAGAUGAAAAUGACGAUGACGACGAAGAUGGUGAUGAGGAAUCGAACGACAGCAGCAGCCAAUCGAGUUCCAAAAAAUCAAGCUCCUGGGCAACAGCUGAUGAGCCAAGCGAAGCACCAGCCUUUAAAAAAUUACGCAAAAAUCCUGAUGUGGAUACAUCAUUUUUACCAGAUCGUGAACGCGAAGAAGGUGAAAAUCGCUUGCGCGAAGAACUGCGACAAGAAUGGGUUGCACAACAAGCGUCAUUAAAAGAUCAAGAGAUACCAAUUACAUUCAGUUAUUGGGAUGGAUCGGGUCAUCGACGAUCAGUUACCAUGAAAAAGGGCCAUUCAAUCUAUCAAUUUUUACAAAAGUGUUUGGAAACGCUUCGCAAGGAGUUUAGCGAAUUGAAAACGGUUAUGGCCGAUCAACUAAUGUAUGUGAAGGAAGAUUUGAUAUUACCACAUCAUUACUCAUUUUACGAUUUCAUUGUGACCAAAGCGCGUGGUAAAUCGGGACCAUUGUUUCAAUUUGAUGUGCACGAUGACAUUCGUAUGAUCAGCGAUGCUACCGUUGAAAAAGAGGAAUCACAUGCAGGAAAGGUACUACUACGAUCAUGGUAUGAACGGAACAAGCAUAUAUUCCCGGCCAGUCGUUGGGAACCAUACGAUCCAGCCAAAACUUAUGAUAAAUAUACAAUUAAGGAUAAAAGCAAAAAGUAAUUAAGAACAUGCGAUGGCAUUUUUCUUUAAUUAGGCAUAAAUGGCAAAUAAAAUACUGUAUAAAAUAUAAUGGAA